AUGAUUGCAGCCCCCAACUCUGCCAUUACCAAAAAGAUCAUGAUGGGAACCAACGGCGUUGCUGCCAUUGUGGCUCUGGCGCUGGUUCACUUGACGAUCGUCAUUGCUGCUGCUACACAAGAGGGAGCCUUGAGUCAAAUCUUUAUCUUUGGUGAAGUCUUUGAUCCCUCCUUGUCGCAGCUCGGAGGGAUGCAAAAGUUGUUCCAGUACCCCAAUUUUAUCGCUGAGGAAUGGCCACAUGUUCUGAUCUGGGACCUGUUUGUAGGAAGGGCCAUUUGGAUGGAUGGUCUCAAGCGAGGUGUGGACACUCGCUUAUCAUUAGUGUUUUGCAACUUUAUUGGACCACCUGGGCUGUUGAUCUAUGUAGCGACCUGUUUGCUAUCGGAUGACAAGGGGCUCCCAAGUUUGGGAGACGAGGGAGACGUCACUGAGGACUAUCAAUAA